AUGUUGAAGAAUUACUCUAGUGCUAUAGAAUUUUAUCUCCUUGGCUUCCAUGGCUCCAAAGAACUACACAAUACUCUUUUUGCCACCUUCUUCUUCCUCUACUCUGUGACAUUUAUUGGAAACACGGUCAUCAUCAUGGUGGUCUGUGUUGAUAAACGUCUGCAGUCCCCCAUGUAUUUCUUCCCUGGCCACUUAUCUGUCCUGGAGAUCCUGACCACAUCUGCUGCCGUUCCCUUGAUGCUCUGGGGGUUGCUGCUCCCUGGGAUGCAGGCAAUAUCUCUGAUUGCAUGUGGUGCACAACUGUGUUUGUACCUUUCUUUGGGUACGUCAGAGUUGGUGUUAGUUGGAGCAAUGGCUGUGGACCGUUAUGUGGCAGUCUGUAACCCUCUGAGGUACAAUAUCAUUAUGAACAGCCAUACCUGCAUCUGGGUGGUAAUCCUGUCAUGGGUAUUUGGGUUCCUAUUUCAAAUUUGGCCAGUCUAUGCCACGUUUCAGCUUACCUUCUGCAAAUCAAAUGUGUUAGACCAUUUUUACUGUGACCGAGGGCAACUGCUCAAACUAUCCUGUGAUGACAGUCAUUUCACACAGUUUGUUCUUUUUUUAAUGGCUGUUUUCAUUAUUAUUGGUUCUUUGAUCCCUACAAUUGUCUCCUACACCUGCGUCAUCUCCACCAUCCUCAAGAUCCCCUCAGUUUCUGGCCAGAGGAAAGCCUUCUCUACUUGUGUCUCCCAUUUCGCCUUUGUUGUGAUCGCCUAUGGCAGUUGUCUCUUCCUCUUUGUGAAACCCAAGCAAACACAGGCAGCUGAGUACAACCGGGUGGCUUCAUUGAUGGUUUUAGUGGUGACUCCUUUUCUGAACCCUUUUGUCUUUACCCUCCGGAAUGAGAAAUUCGUGGAGGCCUUUCGAGAUGUCAUGAAACGCUGUUGUCAACGCCUCAAGGAUUAG